GUUGCUUAUUUUUCCCGAAGUAUACAACAACUUUCAUGAUUAAUUCCGAGAAGGACAUCGAGAGGGCUUGUCACUGUAUUUUUCGCAGGGAUAGGACGUCCGAGUUGCAUGUUUUUUGGAGGAGCUUUGUUUAACUCGUUGUCUAUGGUUUGCGCAGCGCGAGUUGAUUCGGUUCGAUUCGAGCCCGACCGAAGGAGGUGUGCACACGAAGUGAAGGACGGAGCUGGGACUUUAAAGCAUAUAAUGUCUCUCCCUUUCUUUCCCCAGCAUAAACCCCGACCCCCACCACCGAGCCUGUGCUGUCUUGCCAUCAGUCUCUCCUCUCCCCUCACCACCACCUUUUGUUUUUCAUUUGUGGAAAAUAUGAGCGAGACUGGGUGUUUGAUUUCCGACAGUCUCCAUUUCCAUCAUCUUUGAUUCUCUCUCUCUCGAGAUGUUGUCAGCAUCAGGUGGUCUUAGUGAAGGGAACACCAACAGCUACAGCCCCAAAGUCACAGCUCUCAUCAGCAGCCUCUCCUCCUCCUCCUCACCUUCUUCUUCUUCUUCGUCAUCUUCCCUGACCUCUUCUCCUUCUCCUCCAUCUCAAUCCCCUUUAACUCACCACCACAAGAACGACCACCAGACCCUAACCCCAUCAAGAAUCAUGGAGGAGGUGUGGAAGGACAUCACCCUGUCCUCCCUCCAACCCCACCACCACCACCACAGCCCCUCCUCAGCGAGCCCCGCCUUGCGGGGGAACGGCCUGCAGGACUUCCUCGGGCGGCCUUCUCACAGGGACCCGCCGACCCCUGCCAACAUCGCUUCUUCCACCUCCUCCUCGCUCCCUCCUCACCACCCUCUCACCUUCUUGAGCCUCAACAACUCCGGCCCCGAGUUUCACUUCCUCGACGACUCGAGCCCGCUCGGGCCGAGCACCACUCGGUUUCAGAGCCACAAUAGAGCCGGAAUGGCCUGCUUUAGCACCAGCCCUUUUGAGGCUUUGGCGGGCUCUACUGAUCCUGGGAAUCAUAGCGAUGUCGCCGCUUUUGGGAAUAUCAAGAAGAGGGUGUUUGAGACUGAGGGCGGUUCGGGCGACCGGAGGCACAAGAGGAUGAUCAAGAACAGGGAGUCCGCUGCGAGGUCUAGAGCUAGGAAGCAGGCUUAUACGAACGAAUUGGAGCUUCAGGUUGCCCACUUGAUGGAAGAGAAUGCUACGCUGAAGAAGCAGCAGGAACAGUUGUGGAUGGCUGCAGCAUCGCAACUUCCCAAAAAGCACUCGCUCCAUCGAACGUCGACAGCUCCAUUUUGACGGAGCGAUCCUUGCACUUGCCCUUUAACAAUGCCCUUUUCUUUGUUCUCCUUUUGGCUCCUUUCUGGAGUUAACCUAAGAACAGUUCCUUUCAAGUAGUUAUAAAAGAACAGUAGUGAGAGAGUGUAUUUGUGGAGAGGGUCAGGAAUCUUCUUUUUUAAGCUUGCGCAGGUGUUAUCUUGCUGUUGUUGGGGGUGGUUUCUCUACCCUACAACCCGAGUUUGAAUGCUGUUUCUCUUUAUUGGUGAGGACACGAGCGCAUUACCCAAAGGCCUUUGGUUUUUCCUGUACGCCCUGAGAUACUGGAACCCUGAUGCUGCUGCUUUUGAGAGAGAGAAAGAGAAGAGAGAGAGGAGAAGAGAGGGAACUGUGGUGGGUCUUUCUGUUUUUGUUUGCUCUUUUGUAGUUUCUUGACUGACUUUUUGAACCCUAGCGUUCAUUAAACGUGGGCAUUGUUCUCACUUGUGUAUUUCAUGAUGACGAUAUUUACCAAUUGGAAAGGCAGGGAAAAAGA